AAGCCCUCCCGGAAGGCUCAAGACAAACAUCACGAAUUAGAGAUAUAAAGCCUGUAUGAACAACUUGUGGCAUCUAACAUCAUAAAGAAGCGGCGAGCAUAUCUCUGAAUUGAUUUCUUCAUCGGCUGUCUUCUACACCAACAAAACUAUCCGAGACUAACAACAUGGCCGCGACUAAACUGAAACCUACCUUUGAUGAUGUCAUGGGCUGCCAGUCGGCUUGCUACGAGUGGGCGGAUAGCUACGACAGCAAGGACUGGGAACGUCUCCGCAAAUGCAUCGCCCCCACACUGAGGAUUGACUACCGCUCCUUCCUCGAUAAGAUCUGGGAAGCCAUGCCAGCGGAGGAGUUUGUUGCUAUGGCUUCUGAUCCCGCUGUACUCGGAAACCCCCUCCUCAUGACCCAGCACUUCAUUGGAGGCACCCGGUGGGAGAAGGUCUCAGACGACGAGAUGAUCGGCUACCACCAGCUUCGUGUGCCGCACCAGAAGUACACGGACGAGACUCGCAAGACGGUUGCGGUGAAGGGCCACGCUCACUCCUUCAACAUGCACUGGUACAAGAAGGUGGACGGCGAGUGGAAGUUCGCUGGCCUCAAUCCCGAUAUCAGAUGGUUCGAGUACGACUUCGACAAGGUGUUUGCUGAUGGCAGGGACUCGUUCGGGGAGGCCAAGGCGGCGAAUGGCAUCCCUGAGACAGUAUGAAGAAUAUGAAGGACGAAUUUCAUCAUGUUUCUGUGGAUUAUUGAUUAUUGGCGCUCCUAUGUGAUCAGACUGUCCUCUUGCGGGGUUGUGAUGCUGGAUACCAGUCAAUUAGAGAUGUUUUUCUACGCUAUGCCCCCUAAAUUUCUUGUGGAGUGACUAGAUGUUGAUGGGCAGUAUUUAAUUUGACUAGGCUGAAGUUCGUACCUGGCUUGUAC